AGUCACUUGAAUCCGGUAUAAAAGUUCGGCUCGCUGUUCGGUGAUCAGGUCGUGCCAACUUAGUCGUGGUGAGGUCUUCCUGCAACUUGCGAGCGGAAACAACGUGCAUCGGGAAAAUGAAGUUGCUGUGCGGAAUAACGCUGCUCGCCCUCUACAACGCGGUGACGAGUACGCCGCGGAUGGCAGGAGUCGCGCGCUGCGCCAACGUGUGGGACGAGGGCUGCGUGUCGGGCCAGCUGCAGGGCGCCGGGCGCGACGACGACUUCGUGAGCGGCGACUUCAGCCCCGGCAAGCGCUGCGCCGGCGCGGGGGGCUCGGCCUGCGCCGGCGGCGCGCGGGACUCCGCAGAGCAAUGUCCAGCAGAGGACGUCCAUGGUGAAGUGAUGAUGAUGCUGAUGGUGAGCAGUGUUCCCAGCGCGAGACAGCUGGGGCGACCUCUCCCUGCACGGCCGGCUGCGAGACCUGCUUGAGAAGCUCGCGCGCCCGUGACGCCUGCGCGACGCAGCCCGGCGGACACGCUACCUACAAUAUGACCUGGCAUUAAU